UUUCAGAAUUAUAAAAUUUGUGUAUGAAAUUAUAUUAAAAAAAUUAAUUUAUAGAUUUUACAUUUUUGAUUAUCUUUUGACAAUGAUAAUCCUACCAAAAUAAGGUUAAUCCCUUUGCCAGAGGGGUUUAUCUUCGUCAUUUAACGAGUGGAUGAUGUUUCAUUACAUUUAUUUAGUAGCUUAGAUCUAAAGUGACUUUAAUGAAUACUAAAACAUGACGAGUUAUUCCUGGAUACUAUUGAUCCUGAGGGGUAAAAUACGAAGUGGUUAAAAAAAAAAAAAAAUCAACCAAACCACAAACGACUGUAAUUGGUCUAUCCUGAACAGCGCAAAGAAAAGUAACCGAUUCCUCGUGACAAUUCUAUAAACGUAGCUUCUCUAGCUGUAUAUAAAAACGAGAAGCAUUAAAAGCAUAUGAAUUGAAAAUACACAACGUUGAAGUAAAAAAAAAAAAGGUUAGCCCCAGUCCCACCCAUUCCGACACUUGUACAUUUAAAUGGCCAUUCUAGUGACUUCACUCUAUUUUUACGGCAGGUAGUUCAAUGUAGAUUCACAGAACGCCGGUACGUUUUGGUGGGUUCUCGUCGUUUUGACCACGCCUUUUAUUAAUAUCUUAUGCCGCUGCUUGAAUGAACACCAUGGAGAGGAGGACCGCUGAAAUGCCCCUUUGCAUGGAGAGUGACAAACGCCAUUAAUGGAUAAAUAAACAAAUAAAUUCCGUAUUAAUCAUAUAAAUCCGUGUCACUGGUGGGAUAAUUACGGACCGACAAUGGCAGCUGUGAGUCUGACAGAUCCGCUUUGCAAACCUUGUUCUUACCGUUCACAUUUCAAAGUUGAGUUGUGCGUGAGGAAGCCCUUGAUGCCCAUUCACCUGAGCAGUGAUCAAGUGGCACUGGAGAUGCUGUGUCUCUGCAGCCAGCUGGAUCUAUUGAUCAGAGCUCAGGUCCAUCAGUUUCAGGAGCAGAUUAAACUGGACACUAGUCCUGAGGAGUCUGAAAGUUUUAAGAGACAAGGGGCUGAGAUAAUAUAUCAGAUGAACCAGUGCCUUGAACAUUCGUCGGAAUAUUCGGUGCUUCAGCUUGAGGAAUAUUUGGAUGUUAUAGGACUAUCUGCUGUAUUCCCUCGAGUGGAAGUUUAUAUGAUACACGGCAGCCCUAUUGACAUGCUGGAAAAAUCGCCUUCAGAUGCUUAUUUUCCUUUUAUUGGGAGGCUGAACCAGCUGCUGGUGCUUAGUCAGCAGGUAAAUGAAGAUGUGAAGCAUCUGGGCAGUCAUAAGUACAUUGCACAUCAGCUAUCAGCAAUUUAUCAAGUGCUAAAUUCUUUUAAAGACAGCUUUCCAUUAUCCAUCAUAAGAAAGGAUAUUGAGGCCAAUUUCAAACAGUUAAAGAUGUCUCUUUCGAAAGAGGAUGGGUCCAAGCUGGAUCCUCAGUUGCCAGCACAUCAAGUGAGCUGGGUGUCAGAGUUAACACAAAAUAUGAUAUCUACGGUACUGUCACUCUCAGAAGAGCUCACCAAAGAGUUAAAUCCCCUCAAGGAAUCGGUCUCUAACGUCUCCUAACAGCUGGAUCCACAGUGCCUCAAGUGGAUGCCGAGAAAUUGUCACCGAAUAAAAGUGAUUCUCUUGAAAAAUGAU